UGGAAAUAAAGAAUGUAUACUACAUGUAUAUACAUCAAGCAGUCAAUGAAAUAUGUGAGGAAAUAAAUACAGAUUUGAAUGGGAGUCCAAGGACAAUGUGUGCUGGACUUUUAAAUGGAGACCAUAAUUAGUGUACACUGAUGGGACAGAAGCUUACUAUGUAGGUCUGGGGCAGAGGUCUUUAUGGGUUAGUAACAUGGUACAAACUGGUACUUGUAUAGCUCCUGGAGGACCAACCCAUUGUCUUGCUCCUUGUGACGUCCUCUCCAGCCACUCUCACUGACCUGAAAACCAGCGGGAUGGAGGAUCAGUUUUCCCAUGGAUUAUAGUUCUGUUCUGUACCAUCAACCCUCUCUCCAUCUGCUGGAGGACAUAGGUCAUCAUUUUAUUGUUAACACCUGUGUAAGACAUUAUUUUUGUUAUUGUUUACAUACUCAUACACAUCCAGCCUUUUGAAAUACCUGGGUUUUUCUAAAAAGGUUGAACAGGUAUUUUGAAUUCAUUUGAAAGAAUGGACUUGGUAAUCGGUGUCUUAUCUAAAUCUGAUUGCCUGCAGUCUUUUAAAUAAUGGACUUGAUUGAUUUACAAAGACUGUAUUUUCAAGAUAAAGAACUUAUUUAAAAAAUGAAAAGAAGGAAUGAAUGAGAUGAUUAACAAAAACUCUCAGAAUAAAGCAGUUUUAAGGCAUGUUUGUUGUUUACAUGCUGGGAUUAAAAAUUUGAAAUUCAAUUUUGUUACAAUGAUUGUAAUCUCUGGUGCAGAGAGCUUACUGGGGGAAAAGAAACACAGCCAGGAGCCCAGACAAACAUCUGUUGUCAUUAAAUUUAAAGUUGAUGUAGAUAAUAUCAUUUAUUGUCAUGGUAAUAGAAAUGUCUCGUAGGGGUGAUAAAUUUUGUAAAAAUACAUGCAUAUUGAGUCAGUGUUGUGAUGUGGAAGAAAAAAUAGAAUUUAUUUGGGCUUUUGACAGCUGUGUGUUUGCAGUGGGCUAUUAGUAUAUGUGUUCACCAUCUGUGUAAAUAUACUUUUUAAACACAUUCUUUAAAAAUUAAAUUUAACUUUUGCACAGAAAAUUGUUUUAACUUGUUUAAUAAAAUGGUUUUACCCUCAUCAAUUUGAACUUGUGUAUAAAAAUUAACACAGUACUGUCUGUAUGUGUUAGUAGAUUAGAGUAUAUGUUAUUGUGUAACAUUUAAUAAUUGUAUGAUGAAAAUGAGGUAGUAAUUUAAAAAAAGAGCAUGAUCAAUGUAUUUAAUGUAGAUCAAAGUUAAUAUAUCUUGAAUUGAACUUGAGCAAUUCCGACACAUAGAAAUUCAGUAAUGCAAAUUGUUGCAUGUAAACAGUGAUUAUGCAAAAUGUUGCAAUAUUAUCAGCAUACCUCAGUCUCAUAAAAUGGAAUGUGCCAUAAGGUGUAUGUAAGGUAGGUAAAAACAUGGACUGGUCCACAUGCAGGUAAGUUAAGGGCAGCCUGUGGCUGUUUAUCUGUGGACAUCAUUAACAGACUACCAACCACACUGUACUGAACUACAGCAGACAGGAACCCAUUCACAUUGGACAAACGGACCGUGACACAGAUUGUAGGGGUUCACCUGACCGUGACGGAGACACUGCCUCAGCCACUACAGAAAUUUAUAUAUGCAUGUGUACUGUGUUGAUUCAGUACUGAGUUGUGAUGGUAAUUUGAAGAAAUUACAUGUGAAAAUCAGUGACUCUACUCCUCUGAUGUUCCUUGUGCAAGAUCUUAUGGAAAAUUUUGAGAUUUCUGUGGAGUUAGCAUGGGAGAUGUGAAAGAAUUUACACCUGAAAAGAGGUUUACUGUGGGUAUAGAUUAUUAUUGUACUUGUAAUGGAUUUGAUAUGGUGAACAAGUUCUAAUUGACUUGUAAUUGUGGAAGGAAUGUCAACGUAGGUCAGUUUGUUUUAAAUCGUACCCCACACGAUGGAAGGCAGCAGUCAGCAAAAGAGAUUUCGGACACCCUUCAAGUUUUCACUGAGUUCUUCUUCGCUAAAGCCAAGUCCAAACCCAGCAAAGUCAGAACAGUCAGCAGCAUCCAUCCUGCGACCUCGUAAACUCUUGAGUAAUGACAAUGCUAAGAACCGCUGGUCAUUCUCUCCCAUCAGUUCCAGCCAGCUUCCCAAUGACCAGGCAGGAAGUGAGUCCAAACUGCAGAGUCUCAGCCACUAUGAGACCAGCACAGGGGUCAAAUACUCUGCCCACCCUAUCAUAGGUAGGUCUCACCAAGAAAAUGGCAUCCUUCAUCAGGAGGAGGAGCGGGGUCGACGGAUUUAUGACAGACCACGGUCCCAGGUAUAUCCUACCUCACCUUUGACUCCGUCUCCUCAGGACUCACUGUAUGACACACCGAAGAUAACAAACCAAGUGCCAGAUCCUUCCCUCACAACUCCACCCUCAUCUAAAGGAGAGGUGGCAAAAUAUGGCAGUCAGCCCUCUUCAUCCAGCCAGGAGGGCAAGGACCUCAACCAAAACUAUCCUCCAAAGGUCACAGAGGUCAAAGGAGAGCAAGAAACUAAACUCUCAUUGUCAAGGUCACUAGGACCAUCCGAUAUUGGAUCAAGAUCAUCAGGACCUGUAGAGGACAAAACAGUAGGAGUUACUUCUCCUGUUCGUCCACCCAGACGGAACAGUAGUACAUCCAGUGCUGGUCGGAAACCUUUGUCCACGGUCCCUCCAGUUACUGAGGUGCCAGACAAGGCAGAGACUAAAGAACCUAAACGGAAACGCCGCUUAACCAGGAGAAUUUCACUUGAACCCAAAAAAUUGGAUGAUGAUGAAUUUAUAGGUUUUGCUACACUACCAGAUCAAGUGCACAGAAAAGCUGUCAAGCGGGGCUUUGAAUUCUGCAUGAUGGUUGUAGGAGAAACUGGGCUUGGAAAAUCGACCCUCAUCAACAGUUUGUUUCUGACUGACCUGUAUAAAGACAGGAAACUCCCACACCACAUCCUGGACAAUGCUGAGCAGACUACAGACAUUGAGAAGAAGCAGUUAGACAUUGAGGAGAAAGGGGUCAAAGUUCGUUUGUCUGUGGUAGACACACCCGGCUUCAGUGAGGCGAUGAACGGUGAUGAAUCCUGGAAGCCGAUCGUUGACUAUGUUGACCGACAAUUUGAGCAAUAUUACCAGGCUGAGAGUGGUGUCAACAGAAAAAACAUCCAGGACAGCCGGGUUCACUGCUGCCUGUACUUUGUAUCACCAUAUGGACAUGGGUUGAAGCCUAUAGAUAUAUUUAUGAUGAAGAAACUGCACCAUAAAGUCAAUAUUAUACCUCUUAUUGCAAAGUGUGACACUUUGACACCAAAGGAAAAAGCACGCCUCAAAACCAAGAUUUUGGAUCAAAUAGAUGAAAAUGAGAUUAAGAUUUACCAGUUCCCGGAAUGUGAUAGUGAUGAAGAUGAUGAAUUCAAGCAGCAGGAUAAAGCAUUAAAGGCAGCCAUUCCAUUUGCUGUGGUGGGUAGCAACACUGUUGUUGAAGUGGCAGGGAAAAGGGUCAGAGGUCGAAUGUACCAAUGGGGAAUUGUGGAAGUGGAGAAUCCUGAUCACUGUGAUUUUGUAAAACUACGACAGAUGCUGAUAAGCACUCACAUGCAGGAUCUGAAAGAGGUCACUUCAGAUGUUCACUAUGAGAACUACCGAAAACAACAUAUAACCCAGCAGAGGGACCGCUCAACUAAAGAGAGAAUGAAACUGAAGAGAGAGUCUGCGGUAAACCUAGGACAACUAGAAGAUACAGACUUUUUAAUUGCACAGAAAGAUGCUGAGGUAGGCUUAUUAGUAUAUUCUAGUAAUGUACAAGGGCACCUUUUAACAGUGAUUUUACACUAUAUAAAACUUAUUUAUGCAUCAAAUUGAGAGAUAAAUGAAACUGAAAUGGUAAUUUCUUUGUGCAUAUUGAUCACUCAUAUAGGUACGCCGCAUCUGCAUAGAGACAAUUUGUUAAAAGUUUUUAUCAGCAUUGAAAAUUAAAACAUGUAUACAUAACAUCAGGGAAAUAGUGUGAAAUUAACACCCCCUCCCAUCUAUGGAGGAACGGAAAAGGAAAUCUGCAGUAUAUUGGGGAUCUCAUAAAAAUAAUGAUAAAAUCCAAAAACAAAAUGUACUGGACACCCUGCAUGAUCAGAUCACAGGACUCAUGACCAACAUUUAUCUAAAUUUGACCUCAUGUAAACUACCCUAUGAUGGUACAAAUAUUGGUGAAAUAUCAUUUUGUAGAAUUUUACUGUCAUUUAUGCAAGCUUACAUUUUGUAAAAGCUACACUGAGUGAAUGUUAUUCAUUUUGUAGAUACAACGAAUGCAGGAAAUGUUGGCUAAAAUGCAGGCACAGUUACAGACUGACCCACGGGCAGCUGUUAAUGGGACAUAAUGGAGUUGAUAUGUGUACGUGAACUAUCUAAACCAAAGAGGAAUACACAUGUAAUUCCAAUCUCUAAUGUUUAUACUCCUAGACACAGAAAGGGAGGUAACUCAGUGAUGUAAAAAGCAUUCCAGAUGUGUUCCUCAUCUUUUAAAGCAUUUUGCAAUUAGCUUACAAACUCUCUGUAGAGUGGUACAACAAUUAUCUAUAUUAUCUAUAUCUCUGGACAAACUGUGUACAUGGUAUAGCAGUUAUACUGUGUCCCAGCUGUCACUAGUGUACAGUGUUUGUGUAAUAUGAUGUGCAAUUCAAGACAUUUAGAAUUUACUUGCUGGUAAAUAAAUAUUUACAUGAAUUAACAAGAAA